AUGGAACUCAAAGUUCUUUUUCCAGGCUUUUCCGAAAUAAUUCAACCUGAUAACAAUAAUACUCGAGCCAAUUGUACGUGUACUUUAAUUAAGGGCCCCCCAAAUAUUAUUGUUGAUACCAUGACUGCUUGGGAUGGUCCCAAGUUAGUAGAAGCCCUACAAAAAAAUGGUUUAUCUCCAGAUGAUAUUGACUAUUUGAUUUGCACUCAUGGACAUUCCGAUCAUAUUGGGUGCAAUUAUCUUUUCCAGAAAGCUACUCAUAUUGUAGGAUUUAGCAUUUCGCAUAAGGAAACCUAUUUUUCCAGUCCAGAUUUCAGCAAAGGACAAGAGUAUGUUAUAAAUGAUGGUGUAAAAGUUAUUCCAACACCUGGACAUACUUUACAAGAUGUUACAGUUAUUUUCAAUCAGGAUGAAAAGGUCUAUGCAAUUACAGGCGAUUUGUUUGAAAAUGAGCAAGAUUUGGAUGAUGAAAGUAUAUGGAUAGGAGCAGGAAGCGACAAUGAGGGACUGCAAAGAAAACACAGAAGGAAAAUAUUAAAAUUGGCUGAUUUUAUUAUACCCGGGCAUGGGGCAAUGUUUGCAGUCCCACACAUGUAUCAUCUUUGGGGUUGA